AUGGCAUUUCAAAUUUCACCACUUCAGGAGGUACAACGUCUAGGCUCCGCUUGCAUCCGAAUACUAGGCGGCAACCCUGGCAAGUUUACCCUGCAGGGGACCAACACCUACCUCUUAGGUACCGGGCGUCGCCGUCUACUGAUUGACACUGGCGAGGGUAGGUCGUCUUGGAAGCAGGCUUUGGAGGAAACACUUAUCCAAGAGGGAGCGGUGGUGGAGAGGGUUUUAAUCACACAUUGGCACCCGGACCAUACAAGAGGCAUCCCCGAUGUCAUGGCACUGUGUCCGGAGGCCGCGGUCUUCAAGUUCGAUCCCGAGGCUGGCCAGGCUCCAAUUGCAGAUGGACAAACCUUUACUGUGGACGGUGUUACUCUAGUGGCUUAUCAUACACCUGGGCACACAGAGGAUCACGUAAUUUUUGUCUUUACCGAAGAGCGUUCGAUGUUCACUGGAGACAACAUUCUCGGCCACGGCACCGCUGUUUUCGAAGAUUUAUCAUCAUAUUUGGGGAGCCUAGAACGUAUGAAGGGGCUGUUCACAGGUCGCGCGUAUCCGGGGCAUGGACCAGUAGUUGAGGAUGGACCCCUGAAGAUCUUGGAAUACCUGCAGCAUCGGCAGGAUCGUGAGGCCCAGGUUGUGAAACUCUUAACAUCAGCAAGACCUGACUCUGGUCUGCCAGGGCCAUGGACCAUUACCGAGCUUGUUCAAACCAUAUAUAGCGAUAUUCCUACUGAGCUACACCUGCCAGCCAGUCGUGGGGUGCUACAGAUCUUGGCGAAGCUGGAAGGAGAAAGCCGAGUCAUCCGUGAGCGCAAUAUGUGGAGACUAUGA